AUGACCAGCACACAGCCCCAAUUUGACUCACAGUCCAGACUGAUGGUCAGCGAUCAGGGGAACGAGAGGCAAGCAUGGGCUCCACUUGUUUUGUCCCUGGUCCAGGAAAUUGAUGAGAAGAAGCCAAAAGAAGACAGGCUGGAGACGCAGCCGGGUCUGCCUCUCCCAUGCAACUACUUUGAUUUCAUCAUUGGUACAAGUACCGAGUUGUUCAAGAAUCGGCGAAGGCUGUUGUACGAGCCUUUUGUGGCUGUCACAAAAGGUCGCAUUGUCGUGGUCACGAAGCGUUGCGGCAAUACGACUUCGAGGAAGAGUUCGAGCAAGGCCCUCUGGAAAGAAGAAACAAAACAUGCAAAGUUUCGAGAGCAGGGUAUCACAGACUUUCAAGGAAGCCGUGAAGAUACGAACAUCUUGUUUCGAUCGUACAAUCACCGUCCUAGACUCACAGACAACAACCGAGAUCUUAAUCCGAAGAGUCUACAUCACUCAAAACUAGCAAUUCACGAGGCUUGCUCAGCAACCACGGCGGCUCCGACGUACUUUCAUAGCGUCCGUCUCAGAGGAAGAAAAUACAUCGAUGGCGGUGUCUGGGCAAAUAAUCCCGCUAUGAUUGCGUGGAAUGAGGCUGUAUCCAUGGGGCGGUCACCGCAUAGCAACAAUGAAAUAUCAGUGAUGCCAAAGAUGCUGCUCAGUAUAGGAACGGGCGCGCGGACCGAGGCAUCAAGGUUGGGCCUCUCAAUUGUGGGCUACGGGUUCCGCAGCAUCACAAGUACUACAAAAGAUGAGGGGCUUGCACAGGACGCAGUAACAAAUAGUCCAGGAUCUCACUAUUUCCGUUUCGACAGCGCUCGGGAUAGGGACAAACAACUUCAACAACGCGUCGCAGCCAGCAAGACAGGCAGCAAGACAGCCUUUGACCCACAGACUUUCACCUACAAGACAUUCGACAGAAUACGGGAUCGGACAAUCCACUAUUUACAUUGCUUGGAAACCGACCCUGUUUGUGGACAGACAAGCACAGAGAGAUGUGCGCUUUUACUCUGGCAGACUGCCUGGGAAAGGAAGAACAUCACUGAGACCAGAUGGCUGGAGUUUAGGAAGCAUCCAGACCCAAGCUUUCGAAGUGCAGACACUCCAGCAACUUCCAGUACCGCCUCCCCGCAGACAGCCCAGCAGUGA